UGACGUAGUAGUCUACAUUCAAUUGCAAAACCUAGCACCCGACCUCCAAAAUAUAUACGAAAUUUGUCAUCAGUAUACACUAAAAGUACAUAAAUAUAGAAAGUAAAACAAUCUAUAUUAUCUAAAAAUUGCUGCAUAAUCAGUACUGGACAACUGAUAUAGCUACCGCUAUUAAAAUUAUAUCUUCUCUCUGUGAACGAUGGCAUCUGUAUCAAACACGGGGGGUGGCGCAGGCAGCGGCAGCGGCAGCGACUGCGAUGGAGACGAACAGGAAGACCCUUCCUCAUCUAAACAGACAGUGUCGGAAACCAAACUUCUGUUGGAACGGGUGAACCUGGAUGAUGGGAAAAAUAAUAUUGAGGAUGAGCUAGAAGUAUUCCGACAGCAAUGGCAGAGAGAACUCGAGUCCUCACCGUACAAGGGAGGUCAGUCUUUGGUGAAAUCGGAACAGAUUCGCAAAGAGCCUCUCACUGACGAGGAACAGGCAAAAAAAUUAUUUCUCCUGGGUGUCGAAUUUGAAAGAAACGGGAAACUAUAUGAAGCCAUCCAGCAUUACAAACGAGCUAUACAGAUCCUACCCGAUGUUGAGAGCAGGUUAUAUGAGGAAACAGAUGGCAGACCUGACCCUCCGGAAGGUGGGUCGGAGUCUGAGAUGGAGGAGGUGAGUCGUGUUGAGAACAAUGAGGACACUGACGAUGAAGACGUCAUAGAGGGAGAGGACCUACUGUCUCGACUACAGAGGAUCAUGGCUAAGAAGGGAUACCUCGUAGAAAUGGCACACCCUGCUAAGGGUGGUCACAUCUCCUGGUUGCCGUAUGAAGUGAUCCAGUUGGUGCUCCGCUGGGUGGUGGGGGCGGAGCUCGACGGCGCCUCGCUGGAGCGUGUGGCGGCCGUCUGUCGGGGGCUGUACGUGGCAGCCCGGGAGCCCGACAUUUGGCGGUGUCUCUGUGUCAAAACAUGGGGUAUAGAAUGCGGGACGCCACGUGUGCACGGGUACCCCACGUGGAGGCAGAUGUACAUAGAACGUGCGAGACUGAACCUCAACGGAGUGUACAUCAGCAAGACCACGUACGUGAGACACGGAGAGAACAACUUCCAGGACCAGUUCUACAGACCCUGGUACCUGGUGGACUACUACAGAUAUCUGAGGUUCUUCCCCGAGGGCCUGGUCCUGAUGUGGACCACAGCUGACGAGCCGGCUUCAUGUGUCGGACACCUCAGACACCGGGACAUCAAGAACAGUCUGGGGAUACUGUCCGGACACUACCGCCUGGUGGGAGACACGGUGGCGAUCGUUAUAAAGAAGGCGUGUGAGAAGCGAGUGUCGCAGGCCUCCACCAGGUACAGGUCCAGGCGGAAGGAGGUGGUCGAACAACAGGAACAGAUCUUCCACCUGGACCUGGAGCUGGGAAGCGUCCGUUCGCGUCGCAACAGUAAGCUGGUUUGGCGUCGUUACUUAGCGACAACGGGACGCGACCACUGGACCUCUUUCGACCUCCUCCCCAACAAGUUCCCGCCCUUCACAUUCAGCAGAGUGAGGGCCUUCACUGCUGAUACCGCCGCGCCGCUUAUGGGGACCACUUAGAUUUCUGUGACGGUCUCAACGAUGCUUGAUUACAUUUUGUAUUAACGUUAGCGUACAUGUAAGAGUUGUUUCUUGUUUGUACUAUAAAUGCCUUUUAAAAAAAUAAAUAAAUAUUAAUUCUUAAGCAAAGGUAAAUAGUUUUUCGAUGUACUCAAAUGAGGUUGUUAAUUUAUAUGUGACUUCUGCCUUGAAGCAAAAAAGGUAAAAUUUGGAUUUUCAAAAAUUUUCCGUGACAUUGUUUUCAUACUUAGCUGGUAAAUGACAAAGUACAAAAAGUAAGUUUCAAUAUGCUUUUAUUGUUUCGAUGCGUGCAAACAUGUUUACUGUGAAAAUAUUUAUCAAAGAAAAUGCUUUUCUAUAUAUCUGUACAUAUUAUACGACGCUACGUGAUGUUUUAUCUUUCGUUUCACUCUGUACAGUGCUUGGCCGAAAGUUUGUAUGAACUAUAUUGUAAAAAUAUCUAUCAACUUAUUGUAUAUAAGCGGUUAUUUUUUAGCCAUUUUUUAUUCACUUUGUUCUUUAUAAAGUGGUGUCUUCGUUCCUUCGGGUCGUCAUGUCCAUAUUAUAAGACAUUGAGAUUUAAAUAAAGAACUUUUAAAUUUA